AUGCCCGUCAGGCGGGCGAGCGUGACCUUGUGGCUCAGGAUUCAUCGCCUUUGAAGCUGGACAGAUCUGCCGCAUCCGACGUCAACAGCCCUCCAAAAACGUCGAAGGCUCGUGUGUCUGUUUAUGUGUCAUCGACUCCUGGUAUGUCGUCACUGCUUACCACGGGAUGGUUCACCACUGAGAUCAACAGGGGCCGAGUUCAGACUCCGAUAUUCCGUCAAAACCUCACCAGCACCAUCCAAGUAUCUCUUUUUCAAGUUACUCAUGAACGGCCGCCACAUUGUGUCCUGGGGCAUCGACACAGCACUGUGCAGCGGUGGCACGGUAGCGAAAGCUUUAUACCAGCCAGGUCAAACCCAAUCUGACGAACAGACAAUCUCAAAAGAUUCAGGGUCGGGUAUCGAGUCACGUUACUUUCACUUUGCGCCAGGACAAGUGGCUAAGUGUGCAGCCGAGGACGGCGGCCUCAUCGAGGUCCGUGUUUUUAGAUGCACUGGACGUCGACGAGCGGCUCCCGUGCUGGGCGAGUACCGUAAUCAGGAACACUACGGCAUUGCCUCUCCAAGCGGUGGCUUGGUCGAGUGCCCAAGAGACACCCGCUACUAUGAUUACCUCUUGCUCGACGCCAAAGAUUCCCCAUACGCCGCUGUUCUAUUUCACUAUCGGUCACUGGCAUAUCUUCACCAGUUGAACUUGAUUCCGUCGCAAUAUGAACAUUUCGGCCCCGUCUUUCCAGUACAGCUCAAUGACCAUAAGAGCGAAGCACCAUCGUCAACACUCUCUGAGAUUCGAGAGCCCCCCCACAAGCUUCGACUUGCGUCUGAUCACUUGGCCUGCGCACCGUUGGAAAUAUCGACCACUUCAGCCUCCAUGCGAGGACGAAAAGCUGGAGGUGCGGGUGAAGACAUAGCGCUUGAUAGCACAAGCCACCCGACUACUCUUCGCCCGUCAGAGGUGCAUCGUCUCGCGCAAGAGCCUCCAUCCGAUCCUAUGUCACCGGCGACGACCAGCUGCCUGCAGGAGCAAGACAUUGAAUCAAUGCCAAUGCAAAGCAUUCGCUCGAGAAAAUCCUCUUGUGCUUCAUCCAUGAGAUCCAAUUGCCCCUCCCUGACACCAUCCCUGCUCCAGUAUGUGGACAGCAUCGAAUUUCUUGACGAGGACAUCCAGGUCAGUACAGCACAGCCAUUGGUGAUUGCCCCUGCGUCUACUAUGAACACGGAGCCCGAAUGUAAUGCGCACAGGAUGAGCGAGGACAAGUAUAACUCUGAAUGUGCAUCGUUGCAGUCAUCUUCUGUGACCUGUAGCUCCCGCGAUCGUUCUCCACAGCCUGGUCAUGGAAGAUGGAGUGGAGAACUAUCUCAGGCCCAAGUGAUCUCGGGCAAGGGUUCGCGCAGCGGACAAAAGGCAAAAUCGGCACAGAACGAAUAUAGAGCUGGCAGAGACCAAGUGUUGGCCACAAUCCCCUUGAAUAUUUCAGAAGCAGAAUGGCUGAGAAACCCGCGCGCGCAGGUGGUGGAGACAGGAGGAACGAAAAAAGCAGGCCUAAGCCACCAACGAGAAGGAAGGCCACCAACACCACACCCAAAAGAGCAUGAGAAGUCGACAGCUCCCAGCAUGACCAUUGCGCCAUCUAUCUCUGAUCCAAUUGGCAGUCAGCCGGACCGACCGGGCCCAGCGUCGCGGAUCAGCGAUCGAGGCAUGCCUUUCGGAAACUGGAUAUAACGUUGACGAACCAAGAUUAUGAAAUCACAACAAUGAGAGGGGUGUGGCAUGUGUGCCUUGUCAAGUGAAGGGAGCAGGGAACUCUACUGGUCUCACAUGGCAUAGUACAACAUCACGAACUCAGCAAACA